AUGUCUACAUUCGUUCCAUUCCAAUCGGCUCAAGUCUACGAAGAACGACUCAACGGCAGCUCGACCACCGAGGGACAAGGAUGGAUACGGAUGGACCACGAGGACAACUCGGAAGAAGAUAAAGCUCCAUUCGGGAUUUUAAACAAAACGAAGAUUGCUCUUUGCCGACUGCUCUUUCUCCUUCCAAGAUCCCGAACUUUCAUAAAUAUAGGUUCUUCAUGUUUUCUUUUCUUGAUAUACUUUGCCCAUGGUUUGCUUCCGGUUCAUUAUCAUGCCUCCUCAAUACUUUCCCCAUGUAUUCUAAAGAUGACGUUCUAUAAUAAACAAGAACAAAUACAACAUGAGGAAAUCCAAACGAAAUUCGUUUCAAGGUUAUUAGCAGCAAUACGAUAUGAAUAUCGUUGCGUUCAAUCAUUCAUCAUGGGGUCUUCGUUUUAUCAGAAAACAACAACUUUUAGUUUUCUUAAGAUGAGAAUUAGAGAAAAUGAUAAAAUAAUGAUCUUUCCAUUUCUCUCUUACUCAUCUUAUCUGGGUACUUCUUCUAUAUCACUCGGGACUUUCCGACCGCCCAGUUUCUCCUUAAAAAUGGUUGAAUCUGAUCACAAGGCAAUCUCUGUGAUAUCAUAUUUUUAUUUUGCAAUUAAUCUGUUGGAGAAUGAGGUCAAAUUUAAUACUGAUCAUUUAGUUGCCUGUUUCAAGAAUGAUAUCCGGAAAUUGUGUUGGCAAGAGUUCACAAAGAGUAAACUGUGUUUUCCGAAAUACGAGAAAUGUUUGGUUACUGGGAAAAAUCAUGCUGGAUGCAGAGAUUCUUUCCAGAUUUGUAUCCAGAACGGACCCAUCUACAACCAUACUGAAUUCUGCAACAAGUACAUGCCAAAUAUCACGAAAUUCGAAGUAAUCACUGGACUUGAAUGGCAUCAAAACUUCCUUGAUGAAACUUUGAAUCUAGUGAAAAAGAAGAAAAGUCAGAAAAAUGACAAUUGUGAUCUACACAGCCUUCUUUUCAAAACUAACGAAAUUCCAAAAGUCUCAAACGAUUUGAUUCUCCGGAUGCCGUCUCUUGCAUCUUCCUACUGCCCUUGUAUGGAGAAGUCAAAUGGGGAUGAAGUGAUUAGAACCAGUAAAAUAAACAUCCCAAUUCAAAUGUGGCACGGAGGAUUCAGUUCGAAAAAGUGUUGGAGGGAGUUGGACAGAUUUCUAGUCGAAUAUCUCUGUGGAGUGUCUGUUGCUUGUGCGUGGAACUACAAAAUGACCUACAUCAAUGCAACUGGUAUCAUCUAUAUGCAACCAUUUGAGUAUCAAGACGAUCGCUUGUAUCUUCUUCACAGCUUCGCCGAAGACACAUACUUUACUUGUUUCCCUGUUAAAAGAGAAGUGAGCUCUUGUAACUACAUCUAUGAGCACUGCAAACUCAAUGGAGACGCAGAAAAAUGUGGAGACAACCUAGUUGACUGUCUGAGCAGCACUACUCCAAUUGAGCCAAGUUGCAAGCAGCUUUUAAUUCAGAAGAAUGACAAUCUGGGAACACUGGAAAAGAUUUUUCGAUAUAUUCGAAACAACAAACUUCAAUUGGCAUAUCCAGUAUUACUGUACAUUUUCUGGACGCUUUCAAAAAGUAUCAUAAACUGGGCAUUGGUGAAAAUGGCCAUCAAGAUUUGUCUGAAGAUUAGAGAUGGAUUGGACCGCUGUAGUCAAUUCAUUGAAGAGAAAACGAAAGAGAAGGAGAACACAACAGAGAAUGAGCCAGGGCAGCUGGAUCCAGUUCCAGAAUUUCCAACACAUCAGAUUACAGUCAACAGUCAAUUUUUGGACGAUGCCUUCUAUGAUAUUCCACUGGAUGGUAAUAACCAAAACAACAAUAACAACAACAAUGAUAAUAACGCUAACAAUCAAAGCAAUCAAAUCGAGGAACCACCAAUGAGCGAAGAAGAAAAGAAAGAAAAACAAAAAUCCGAAGAGAAGAAUUGGCAAUUUGGGGAUAGUUUCAAAGCGAUGCUCUCUUCAUUUUGUCGUCUUUUUUCCUCGAUUUAUCAUUUCAUCGAAAUCUCGAUCAGAAAAUAUUUUUAA